AUUCGGUCGAUAGCUGGGAUGUACAAGUAACUCAAACGCUGACUUUUUCUUCCAUUUUGUCGUCCUAACCGGCACGUUUCCCUCCGCAGAGGCAGGCGAUGGUAAGCCCCGCCCUCCCACAGCCAGAACGCUAAGGUGACCGGGUCCACGCACCGCCCCUCCCGUCAGAGAUGCUGCCUGUGGAUGACAGCCGAGCAGCCGCAGUAGCGAUCCGGUGUUGCCCCAACGUACACUUAGCAAGUCCAAAAGACAUUAAACAACCGAAUAUUCCAUACGAGAUUGACCAAUAGUCGCUGCUUGUCGUCGUUUCAGUGGCGAGCGGCGGAAUCGGGUCACCCCAGUCGAGGCUCCCACAGUAACGGGACGCUGCUACCUGGAUGCAAUGACCGAGUCGGCGGUGGACGGCAAGGUGGAGGUCAAGCAAGGCACCAAAUAUGUCAAGGAAACCGAGAACGUCGCGGAGAAAUAUUCGGCCAUGACCGUGAGCAAGAACAGCAGCGACGUAAACAUGAACGUCGGGGAAAUGCCUUCUGCAGCCUUCACCGCAGUCCCCACGCUGAAAUCCGUCAAGAAGAUCCAGUUUGCCAACGCUGAGGAUAAACAGGAAUUCAGCAAAUACCCGACCAAGGCGGGUCGCCGCUCCUUGUCUCGCUCUAUCUCGCAGUCUUCCACGGACAGCUACAGCUCAGCUGCUUCCUACACUGACAGCUCCGAUGACGAAACCUCACCUCGAGACAAAACCCAGGUCAACACCCACGGCAGCAGCGACUUUUGUGUGAAGAACAUCAAGCAGGCCGAGUUUGGCCGCCGUGAAAUUGAAAUUGCAGAGCAAGACAUGUCAGCGCUCAUUUCCUUGCGGAAGAGAGCCCAGGGGGAGAAGCCGCUGGCGGGGGCUAAAGUCGUAGGCUGCACUCACAUCACAGCGCAGACAGCAGUAUUGAUUGAGACCCUCGUAGCUCUGGGGGCCCAGUGCCGCUGGACUGCCUGCAACAUCUACUCCACCCAGAACGAGGUGGCUGCUGCUCUCGCUGAGCUGGGGGUUCCUGUGUUUGCUUGGAAGGGGGAGUCCGAGGAUGACUUCUGGUGGUGCAUCGAUCGCUGUGUCAGCACCGAGUCCUGGCAGGCCAACAUGAUCUUGGAUGACGGCGGGGACUUAACACACUGGGUUUACAAGAAGUACCCCAGUGUGUUCAAGAAAGUCCGGGGCAUUGUCGAGGAGAGUGUGACUGGAGUUCAUAGACUGUACCAGCUCUCCAAGGCCAGCAAGCUGUGUGUCCCUGCCAUGAACGUCAACGACUCGGUCACCAAGCAGAAAUUCGACAACCUGUACUGCUGCCGUGAGUCCAUCCUGGACGGAUUGAAGAGGACCACCGAUAUCAUGUUUGGUGGCAAACAGGUGGUGGUUUGUGGCUACGGAGAGGUUGGGAAAGGCUGCUGCACUGCUCUCAAGGCCCUGGGCGCCAUCGUGUGCAUCACAGAGAUUGACCCCAUCUGUGCCCUGCAGGCCUGCAUGGAUGGCUUCAGGGUGGUCAAGCUGAGUGAGGUCAUCCGGCAAAUGGACGUGGUCAUCACCUGCACUGGCAACAAGAAUGUUGUCACCAGAGAACAGCUGGACCGCAUGAAGAACGGCUGCGUGGUCUGCAACAUGGGACAUUCCAACACGGAGAUCGACGUGGCGAGUCUGCGCAGCCCCGAGCUGACCUGGGAGAGGGUGCGCUCGCAGGUGGACCACAUCAUCUGGCCUGAUGGAAAGAGAGUGGUGAUGCUCGCAGAGGGUCGCCUCCUGAAUCUGAGCUGCUCCACUGUGCCUACGUUCGUGUUGUCCAUCACUGCUACAACUCAGGCCCUGGCCCUGAUCGAGUUGUUCAAUGCUCCAGAGGGGCGUUACAAGCAGGAUGUGUAUCUCCUGCCCAAGAAAAUGGAUGAGUAUGUGGCCAGCCUCCACCUUCCAAACUUUGAUGCUCACUUGACGGAGCUGUCUGAUGAGCAGGCCAAGUACAUGGGCCUCAACAAGAACGGCCCCUUCAAGCCCAAUUACUACAGGUACUAAUGACAGCCUGGCCAGGGUUCUCUGGAAGAACCACAAAUGUGGGUUUGAUUGAUCCACUGCCACCAAAUGGAGGAAUUAUUUAGCUUUGCUGGAUGUAACUUACUAGCAUGUAAGUAGACAUAGCUUUAAAAUGAAAACUAAGCCGCACAGUAUGUUGUAUGAUCAGCUGGCAUAGUACACGUGUAUAGUACUUGCAUGCUGUUACCUGUUAGUACUGCUAGUUGCUGCAGCUUUAUUUGUACACGCUGUGCCAACUGAAGGCCAGAAGAAUGGAACCCAGCCUGACGUGAUCCAAUCCAAGCCAGUGUAUUAUUUUAUUUGAGUAACGUUGUUAGUGUUGGUUCAGCAUAUACCCCCCCCCCCCACAAGGUAGCAUCCAGUCACUUGUCUUCAACAAGGACCAGCUCCAAGCCACAUUGAAGAUAAGUUAAGAGAUAAGAUGUUGCAUUGAAGAAGUGUGUCUGGAUGCUACUUUGAAGGCCAUGGUGUGAAUGUGCCUUUAAGAAGACGUGCAGGUUGAUGGUCCAAACACCAUGCAUCUUGUCAGUGGUGCAUGUCCUUGUGUGGAACGUAUGACCACAGCACAGUGAUGUAGACGAUGCAGAAGACGGCUUGGAUGGAGGCCAUUGCUUUGCUGUGGCGACCCCCAAGGGGAAAGCCUGAAGAGAAAGGAAGAGCAAGCUGACCUAGCGUAGUGAUGAUCUCAACUAGGACACAUCUUCGCCGUCUGCUUGUCUUCCUUUGAAAUGUUUGUUCCCACGAUGCUUCAGUUGUAAACACAGUAAGAAUGCAAUAAAUCAGCAAUAAAAGAAGCUCACGGAGGCGAGGCCCUUCAAA